AUGGCUUCAUCAACUAUAGUGAAUUCUUGGACAGAAUGGGGUCCAUUAGAGCUUGUUUGUGUAGGCAGCGCUCAUGGCAUGUGCUUUCCAGAUGAGACUCCAGCGUUUUCGAGUAUUACAGGACCAUCCAAUAUACGCCCAUAUCUUAAAUCGAUUGUAGGACCACGACCUCUUCGUCGUAUCCAAGAAGCCCAAGCUCAAUUGGAUCAUUUGGUUGAUCUAUUAAAAGCUGAGUCUGUUAUAGUUGCAAGUUCAAUUGAAGAUACAUUCAAUGAGGAUAUUGGAGAAGUUCUCACUCGAAAACAAACAUCAAUAAAUGAAAGUUCUCAUGCAACUGACGAUAGGAUUCUUCACAAAGAUAAGAUCGAUGUGUGUCGGCCAACCUCGCUUUCCAAUGAACAACUGAAGUUUGAUCAGCAUUUAGUCACACCUAAUUUUACAUCGACAUAUCAAUUUGGUUUAGCAUGUCCUCGUGACGUAAUAAUUACAUUGGGUGACACAGUGGUAGAAGCACCCACUGCCACUCACUUUCGAUAUUUUGAAACCGAAUAUUACAAAACUCUACUUUAUUCCAUAUGGUCUCGAAGUUCAAAUAUGAAAUGGUUACAACCUCCAAAGCCUACAUGUUCACCGACGCGUAUGUUUUAUGAUGUUAACUACUGGCAAAGAAACAGCCAUGAUAAAGUGCCCACUUCAAUUGAUUCAAAUAGUAGCUACAAAACAAAUUUGAACGAGACAGAAAUUGCUUUUGACGCAGCGGAUAUUAUGCGUGCAGGCAAAGAUAUUUUCUAUAAAAAGUCUAAAACUGCCAACAACCAAGGUAUACAUUGGCUUCGUCGUACGUUUCCUCAUUUACGUUUCCACAUGAUGCAUUUCCCAGGCAAUCUUGAUCGCCAUCUGGAUACAUCACUAGUACCACUUCGACCGCCAACAUCAGGAUCUCCAGGUAUUGUUCUCAUAAAUCAAAAUCGUCCUCCUUUGGUCAGUGAAAUGAAAUUGUUUACUGACAAUGAUUGGCGUCCAAUAUGGGGACCUUUGCCUGCUACCGAUACGUUACCACCAUUUGCACUGUGCUCAAGCAAUCGCAAUUUGAACUUACUUUCACUCAAUGAUCAUUGCGUUAUUAUUGAAGAAUGCGAAAUGCCACUAUAUCGAUUAUUACAUGAUGAAAUGGGCUUUGAUGUUAUUACAUGCCCUUUUCGCGUACUAAAUGAAUUCGGUGGUGGUAUUCAUUGUGUGACAUGGGAUAUUCGUCGUCAAGAUUCUUGCAUAGACUAUUUUCCAAACCAGGACUACGAAGCGGAAUGCCUAUUAGAGUUAGACAACUAUUCCGACGUAGUAAUGUUAGCUCACCACGUUGAAAAGAAACUCUGA